AGAGUACAUGCUAAUCAGAGCAGAGAUUGUGCUGGGAAAAAGGCAUCCUGUAAAGCGAGUGUUCUGCCUCUUGGAAUAGAAACCCAAUGAUUAGUGCAUGUGUGACAGAAAAAGGACGUUUCAUCAGAGCAUAGAAUGAGAGUUACGUGCCUUGUAGGGCAGCUUUGUGGUGGAGUUACUUCUGCAUCAUACUGCAAUAGGACUGUGCCUCUCUGAUUACAAAGCAGCAUCAUGUAUUUUGGUAGUACAUGCACGAGUCCUGCCUUCCCAACCCUCCUACGUCCCCCACUCCCAGCUCUGCAGCCCACCCUGGAUGUUAAGCCAUUUCUCCAGUUUUCUUUGGAUAACACUGCAGUAGCUGGCUUAUUUCCAAAUUUCAAUGUGGUGAGUACAAUUCUGUACCAUCCUCCUAAAGCGAGCAGUGUUGCAAGUGCAAAGCUAAAACAGUCUGCCCGGUACAGAACACUCAGCUCUGACCUUACUGCACUCAUCUCCAAGAUGGACCCAAUUCAAAAAGCAGUCAUAAAUCAUACAUUUGGGGUUGCUUUACCACAUAAAAGGAAACAUGUCAUCACGUGUAACACCUGCCAGUUGAGAUUUAAUUCUGAGAAUCAGGCUGUGGCCCACUACAAAGGCACUAAACAUGCCAAGAAGCUCAAAGCACUGGAAGCCACGAAAAAUAAGCAGAAAUGUGUUGCUACCACGGACAGCGCAAAGACUAUCUUCACUUCCAUCACAACAAAUACCAUCAAUGCCAACUCUGACAAAACAGAUGGCGAUGGUACAGAAUUUGAGGCAGAGAUGAUGAAAGUGCAAAGUUUGCAUCAGCCAGUGACCAGAAGUAAUUGGACUCGACAGGUGAUGGAAGCUGCUGCUGUGGAUGUUCUGGCCUCUGAAGUGGUGCACAAUGAGGUCACAGAAAAUGCUACAAUGACAUCUGCAAUCUCAACAGCAGCUACGGUCUCAACAGUUCUUGCAGUGAAAAACAGUGUCCUGAUUUCUGAAUCUUCAACCAAGAAUAUAAAAAAAUCCUGUAUAUCCAUUGUCAACAGUACAACAUGUACUCCAACAGAAACAGAAGAGGAAAAGGCAAAAAGACUACUCUACUGCUCGCUAUGCAAAGUGGCUGUCAACUCCUCUUCUCAGCUGGAGGCUCACAACACUGGAACAAAGCACAAAACUAUGCUUGAAGCAAGGAAUGGCAGCGGGACAAUUAAAGCUUUCCCUAGGACUGGAAUUAAGGGAAAAUUAUUUUCUAAUAAAGGAACCACGGGGCUUCAGAACAAAACAUUUCACUGUGAAAUUUGUGAUGUUCAUGUGAAUUCAGAAACACAGCUAAAACAGCAUAUAAGCAGCAGAAGGCACAAAGACAGAGCUGCAGGCAAACCUCCUAAACCAAAAUACAGCCCAUACAACAAACUUCAAAGGAGAACAAAUUCUGUUGCAGUAAAACUGGCAUUCCGUAAGGAAGUGCCAAAGCCACUGUGUACCAGGAUUCUUUCAAAUCCCUUGGCAGCAGCUGCUGCAUUAGCAGUAAAUUCACCUUUCCAUCUGCGAUCAAAUCCAGCAGCAACAUUAUUCCAGACAGCUGGACUUCCAGCAGCACUGCUACGACCAGCUCCUGGUCCUAUACGGACCACACACACUCCCAUUUUAUUUGCUCCUUACUGAACUGUACAAGAGCAGAAAUGGACAUUCUAGAAAAGCACUGCAAUAAUUUUCAAACAGGGAACUAUGCAGAAUUUAUUUAUGGCAUUUCAGGCAUCUGAGGAACUGAACUUAGCAGGUGAAAUGGCUAUGUUCUAGUGCAGUUAUUCCUCACAAAUUCAACAUACUGUCUUGAUGUUAACAGUUUUAGAACGUCUCCCUUGUUGAGGUGUAGUAACACAGAGAAAUUCCAUGACAUUUGUGAUAUUUGCCAUUUUGCACACAUUCUACCCUCCCAAACUCAUUCAUGCUUCCUGAACACCUGCACGAGGGCAUAAAAUGAUUCAUAUGUAAAUAUGGUUCCACAUCCUGUAGCUGUUUAAAUGAAACACUGUGAAUAGUGCCCUUAACUUUCAUAAGAAAGUCAGCAAUAUGUGUUGCAUCAGCCUUCUCCAAAAAAAAAAACAAACAAAAAAAUACAAACAGAUGAGUGUCUUGUGAAACUGUUGUGCUAUGUCUGUAUUUGCAACUAGUUUCCGUAUUACGUUGCAGAAUUAGAAUGGAUGAUUUGCUUCAUCUAGAUAAACAAAAGGAAUAGUAAAAUAACAGGUCACAAGGUUGUAAAUGUUUUGCAAGUUUAGGAUUCUCCUGUUACAUUUGCAAUUAGUCUUUCUCAUCACUGUUAAAUAAAAAAGGUACAAAAUA